CUCCAUCCCCUUCCCCCUGAGCUUCCAUAGAUUGGCCUCCUUGCACACUGCGCACGGGAACGGUUGCCAGGCGGGUUGCCGGGGAGGCUCACAUCAGGGACCGCAUCCCUAUAGAUUUUGCACCGGGCGUGGGUCUGCUGCUCCUCCUGCAAGCGAGACGAGGGCACCCAGAGGAAACCCCCCGAGGGCGCUUCGCGUCACCAGCCCGGGUUGCCUAGCACUGCCGGGACGGGAGAGGAUGCAGCAGAGCCGGCGGAGUCUGCAAGCAUUUCUCGCCUGCUCCGCUCGUUGGCCGGCCGGCCGGGAAGCUGCGCGUGCUGCAGGCCCUCACCGAGGAGGAGGAGGAGGAGGAGGAGGAGGACACGGGCAGCGGCUAUGGCUUCGGAGGCCGCCGAGCUGGAGCUGCCGCUGGUGCAGGACGCGCAGCUGACCAAGUGCAUGAAGCUGCGGGUGCAGAGCCUCCAGCAGAGGAACCAGAAGCCCCAGGACGGCGAGAAGUUGCUGCAAGCCAACGAGUUCGUCUACCGGGUGGACUUCUCCCACCAGCACAAGCUCCGCUUCCUGCGCUGGAACAUCCGGCUGGAGAAGCCGGGCAAGGUGACCGUGACGGGCACCUCUCAGCUCUGGACGCCGGACCUCACCAACCUCAUGCGGAGGCAGCUGCUGGAGCCGGCGGCGGUCUUUUGGAAGAAGGCCGGGGCCCAGGAGGUGGAAUGCAACGAGGCCGACGCGCUGGAAUUUGGGGAGAGGCUGGUGGAGCUAGCCAAAAUCCGGAAGGUGAUGUAUUUUCUUCUAGCAUACGCCGAUGGGCUUGAGCCAGGCCACGUCACGUGCUCGGUGGUGUUCAAAGCCUGAAUUUUGACCGGGCUCGGUCUCCUUUGCCAUCCUGGCUUUUUCCUGCUUUCAUUUCCUGCUCCUGGCUCUGCGCCUCGUGUGUCUUUGAAGGCAGACUAGACAGCAGGGCUGAAAUGCAAGCUGAGUUCGGCCGCCCCGCUUUGCUCCCAGCAGGUGCCCCCGUGGCCGGCAUCUACGAGCCAUUCGGACCACUGAAAACGCUUCUGCAACUCUCGGACUAGGAAGGCUGCGCUGCUUUUUAAAAUUGCAUAGAAGCUUGGCUUGCAACUUUAGAAGUGCUUAAAAGUCACAGAUGCGAUCCUGUUUGAAGUUUUGGAAUGGCCCUGUGAAAUCCAUAGAAUACAUAGGGAAGGGACCCUGUGAUAAUCCCGGAAGCCUACCCAGCAGGGCUGCCUGCGAAGAAAAGUAGGAGUUCCUAGAAUUGGUGGCUCAGCGCACCAAUUCUUUACACCAGGAGUCUUGGAAUCUGUGUGCCACUGAGCAAGCUCCAAAGCAUGAAGAAUAUCCUCUAUUAUGGAUCAGGAGCCUGGAUAGAACCCUGAAGAUCUUAAGUUUCUUUUACCUUGUCAAUGCAAGUCACUAGUCCUCAUGUUUGUCAAGAGAAACCUGAAAUAUAAAUAAAGCAAGGGAUGAGUCUUGCAGGAGCUAUUCACUGUUUCCUGUUGUCCCCAUAUCCACAUGCACUCGAAUCUUAUUUUCUCCACUGCUACUCCCACCUGGAGCACUUUAACUACGGAAAGUGUUAGAAAGAUGCCUCUUUCACCCCCUCCCCCUUCUUAUUCCUGUCCUCUUAUUUUUCAAACAAGGAACCAGUUGAUCUUCCAGUGGAUCUGUGUGCAUAACUGGAGUUGAAUUGAGUCUCCCAAG